GUUUUCGAAUGUUCCCUCAAAACACAAUCAUCUAACUACAUCCAUCCCAUUCCAAACCCAUACACAUACACUCGGUACCAUCUAUCCCAUGUCUACCAUUAACAUCGUCAAGUACUACUUUUACAAGGCCAUUGUUCCCGCGAAGCCAGAGCUGGUUAGCCAGUACGUCGCUCUUGCGUACCAGACAGCGAAGGACCGGCAUAUCUACCCCAAGGCCAUCCUCAUCAGGUCGCACCUCCACAGGUCGACGUACGUCAAAGGCCAACGCGUUUCUGACCCCAACGGACUCCACCUCACCGUCUCCUUCAAGGACGAAAAUGGAGUAACCACCGAGACACACGUGAGCUCCCACGGAUACGUCAAGGACAAGACCGACACUGUAAUCAACAAAGCUGUGCACACAAACCCCAAAGCCGACACUACGCCAAGGGGGACACCGAAGCCGGGACAGGCUCGCAAGGUGGUGUGGCCAGACGAUUCGGAACUGUUCCAGGAACCAUAGAUUAGGUAUGGGCAUAUGGAAUAGCUGGCCAGGGAAUUUUCGGAAGUUAUCAUUGUAUUAAUCUUUAGCUAGGCCGGGCUGUUACGGCCACCAACGUAACCUUGGGAAAAAGGCCAUUACUAAAGCAUAAAGUGCUAUAGUAAAUAGUAAAGGUUUAAAGCUACCCCGCGAAACAGGUUAC